AUGUCUGAUCUCAUCGUGACCCAACAUGAGUCGGAAAAGGACGUCAAGUUCGCCUCCGCAACGCCUGCCCAGCGUGAGGCUGCAUGGCGCCUAAACGGCGUCUCAUGGGCCCCUCCGAUGCCCCUCGAGAACUACAUGGCCCGCGAGCUCGCGCUCUCAAAGACGGCCCUCUCAUCUCACUGCAACUACUACGUCCUCUUCGACCCGGCCAACCCAGAGCACAUCAUCUCAUCCUGCGAAGCAACCGCCAAGACCCUGCUUGUCCGCGACCCCUCCUCUCCAACGCUCCACGAGGAAAAGGCCUACGCCAUCGCCUCCGUGUACACCAACCCGACCCACCGCAGCCACGGCAUGGCCACGCUGCUGAUGAACCGCCUGAAGGAGGCCAUGGACACCGAUUCCAAGGUCAGCGCGCUCUACAGCGACAUCGGCACCACGUACUAUGCUCGCCUCGGUUGGGCCGUCUACCCGUCGCUGCAAGUCUCGCUCAUCCCCGACGACCCUUCAGUCCUGCGCAAGCCCGAGGGUGUACGGUACCUCGAGGAGACCGAGGUCACCGCCUACUGCGACAAGGACGUCGACCUCCUGAAGAAGAAGCUCGCCAGCCUGCCCGAGGACGGAAAGACGCACGUUGCCUUUGCGCCUUCGGGCGAGCAGAUGCUCUGGCACUUUACGCGGGACGGCUUCAUGGCCAAGGAGCUCGCCGGCCGCGAGGUGGCGCAUCGCGGGGCGGCCACCGUCGACGGCAAGGCGUGGGUGUAUUGGGACCACGACUUCCGCGAGAAGAAGCUCAAGGUCCUCCGCGUGGCCGGCGACCCCGAGGCGGAUGUCACUGCGCUGCUGCAGACCGCGGUGAUUGAGGCCGCCCAAUGGGGACUUGCAAAGGUGCUGGUCUGGAACCCCGACGAGGGCGUCUCGGCUUCGGCGAAGAGGGUGAGUGAUCGGACGGAGGGUGCCGUGAGGGUCGUCUUUGACGAGAGACUCGAUGGCAGCAUUCCCAGUCUGCGGUGGAAGGGCGAAGGAGAGGUUGUGUGGGAGGAUAAUGAGUACUAUGCGUGGUGCUAA